UACUUCAUCAUAGCAGUAUUAUAUAUUCUUGUUGGAAGUUGGGAGUUUGUCAUAAGCGUGUCGAAGUGUCUAUACGUCUUGUGUUUGCUAAGUGUUUGCGAAUAUGAGGGAAAUUGAAAGCGUUCAGAGAAAGGGAACAACUUUAAACGUUAAAUUUGAUGAUGGAGAGACUAUAACAUUUGAAGAUUGCUGGCUCCGAGAUAAUUGCAGAUGUUCAAAAUGCUUCAACGCAGCAACGAAACAAAGAGCUUUUCAUAUUUUAGACCUUCCUGAUGUAUCUUUUCAAGAAAUAGAAUUUAAUAAAUCAGGCCUCACUGUUAUUUGGAACGAUGACCACGUAUCUACAUACACACCAGACUUCUUACUACAAUUCCACAACAAAAUUUGGAGCAACAGCCGAAGAAUGGCGCCAAAGUUAUGGCGGGGGAAAGUUCCAGAAGUUGCUAGAAUCCCAGCUCACACAUUUAUUAACAGCACCGAUGGAGCCAAACUAAUAUUUCAAUCUCUUCUCGACUAUGGACUGGCGUUUGUUGAACAAGUUGAACCUACAUUAGAAGCAACAGAAGUGGUUUGCAAAGCGCUAGGUGGAAUCCAGAAUACCCUUUUCGGUGGAAUGUGGACCAUCAGCCCAGAGCCUGGAGUCAAUGAUACAGCGUACAUGAAUAUUGCUCUUCAACAACACACAGAUCUAUCUUCUUUUACGGAACCAGCUGGUCUCCAAGUAUUCCACUGCCUGCGACAUGACGGUAUUGGAGGAGAGAGCGUCGUCUCCGAUGGUUUUUACGCAGCAAAUAGAUUAAAAGAGGAGCAUCCUGAAGACUUCGCAUUUUUGACCCAAUACAAUGUUGAAGCAGAGUAUAUGUUCGAUGGACAUUCAUAUAGAUAUGCGGCCCCAGCUAUUGAAUUGGAUAGAUUCGGAGAUCUUAAGGCUAUCAGGUUUAAUUCAUUCGACCGAGCACCAAUCGCUUUCGAUAAGCCUGAAGAAUGCAGAGCGUAUUACCGCUCAAUGAAGAAUUUCGCUAAGUAUAUAGAAGAUCCAGCGUGCCAAUGGCAGUUUAAAUUAAAACCAGGUACAAUUCUGGCAUUCGAUAACUUCAGAGUGCUCCACGGAAGGACUGGUUUCACCGGCAUGAGGGUGAUCGGCGGCACCUACGUAGCUAGAACCGAUUGGCUUGAUAAAGCACGCUCUUUAGAACUUAUUAAGUGAAUAAUAAACUUUCUCUGGAUUUUUCUACAUUUAAAAUUAUUGAUAAGAUAUAUAAACACUACCUGAUAUAUUGUUACAAAUGUUAAUAAAAUAUGUAACCAUAG